CAUGAGGAGUUUGCCCAGUUCCAGGAAUUACUAAGGUGAUGAGGGCAACUGAUGACAGGACAGGACAUGAAUUAAACACUAUGGUUAUAACAGCUCUCUCUGCAGGAAACAAUUAUGCCAGCCAAACCUGUAAACAAUUUUAUGAGUUUGAUGAGGCUCAUGUCAGUAGGGACAGAGUCAUAAAAAAUUGUACAGCUCAAACUUCAUCAGCAUUAAAACACCUCCGAGAAGAGAGAGAAAAGAAUCUGGAUGAUUUCAUGUUAUUAAAGCAACUUAGAAAAGAACAGACAAAGUUGAAAUGGAUGCAGUCAGAACUGAAUGCUGAAGAAGUGGUAAAUGUCAGGGGCUGGAAGGUGUUUGAUGAAUGCUGCCAGUCACUCAAGCCUCCAAAGAAUGAAUAAAAAGAUGUUUUUAAUAAAAAGGACCAGGUCAUUUCAUAAAAGCUAAGCAUGACAUAUAUCAACAAGGCGUGCUUCCUAGGAUGAUUUCUGAGCCAACAAUCCAAGACCUUUAGUUGAUUUCAGCCCCACUUAGCCAAGACCUCAAGUAUAAAUAAUUCUGAUAAUUAUGAAGAAACCAACAGCUAUUCUACACUGAUUCUGUAAAAAAAAAAAAUUAUAUAUAUAUAUUUUGUAGCUAUUAAAAUAAUUUUCUGACUUAGCAGAAG